CCACAUCACACAGUGUCGCCAGAACCACGAAUGGGUGUCAAAAGCGAAGCGCUCUCUUGAGCCACAAAUUACUUUCGCCCGGCCGGCAGAAUCCGACGCACAGUGUUUGCAGAGGACGCUGACGAGGAGGCAGGGUACUUGCGUGGUCCGGAGUUCGCUCAGUAUUAGCCACAAAACGGCAUCAACACAGGCUCAACGGCACAGCAUAGUUACCCGCCAGCCGGCUGGUGCACAGAAAGUAAUUUUGAAAGGCCUUAGUGAAUGCGUUCACAAGCUUUGAUUGUGCAACUUGGUCUGCACAUUAAUUGGGGUAGUGAUACCUCUGGUCGGCUGGUUCAGAGCCCGACGGCAGGUUUCUGCCUGUACAAGUCUAACUGGAGACUGUCUUUGAACGGUGAACCACCUUGGGUAGCACAUUGCUGACAGCUUGACAAAAAUAUCUAACCUUAUUUAAAUUGCCUUCCGUACAAGCUGCCCAAAACUGAACGAAGGCUGCCUCUUUGCUUAUUCCAACCAGUUUUUCUGAAAAUCAAGGUCCAGUCGACCACAGUUUCUCCCAAAUAUCGUCCACCAAUUGUAACCAACAGCAAUCAUGAAGCUGAGCAAUCUUGAUGAACGAAUCCAUGUUAUGGAUGCAGGUGCAAAUGUCUGGAACAUCAUCAAAGACAUCGCUGAAUCAGGAGUCCAGGAGGAAGCAUUUUAUGUCUGUGACAUAGGAGAUAUAAUGAAGAAACACAAAGAAUGGAAACUUAAAAUGCCGAGAGUUCAGCCAUACUAUGCGGUGAAGUGCAACGACAGUCUGACUAUACUGGAAGUGCUGGCUGCACUUGGUACUUCCUUUGAUUGUGCUUCAAAGGCUGAAAUCAACAAGGUUCUGUCCAUUGGUGUGGAUCCGAGCCGCAUAAUCUUUGCAAAUCCAGCAAAACCAGCCUCUCACAUUAGACAUGCAGCAGCUGUAGGUGUUGAUCUUAUGACCUUUGACAAUGAAUGUGAACUCCACAAGAUAAAAAGCCUGUUUCCCACAGCAAAAUUGGUGAUACGCAUCAGAUGUGAUGCAACUGUUGCUCAGUGUCAACUGGGUAUGAAGUUUGGUUGUGAUCCAGAAGCUGAUGCACCUCGUCUGAUGCAGAUUGCACACUUGCUGGGAUUAGAAAUUGUGGGAGUCAGUUUCCAUGUUGGCUCUGGAUGUCAAGAUCCACCUGUUUUUCGCAGAGCUAUUGCUGCUGCCCGCAACCUUUUUGAGCUUGGUGCAACUUUAGGUUUCUCCAUGAAUUUGCUGGAUCUCGGUGGUGGUUAUCCUGGCAUCAAGGGUUCCUACAUAGACAAGAUUGCAGAAGUGAUAAAUAAUGCUCUGGAAGAAUUCUUUCCUGAUCCUGAAGUUCAUAUUAUAGCAGAACCAGGACGUUACUAUGUUGCAUCAGCAUACACACUUGCCACAAAUGUCCAUUCCAAGAGAGAACUUAUUAAUCAUGAGGAUGGAUCCAUCACAUCAGUCAUGUACUAUGUUAAUGAUGGUGUUUAUGGCAGUUUUAAUUGCCUGCUGUAUGACCAUAUGGAAGUAACACCAAUACCUCUUAAUGCUGCUGGGCGGAAAAUACGUCAGUGUUCUGUGUGGGGACCAACAUGUGAUGGUCUGGAUCAAAUAGUUGAACGCACCUUAUUGCCAGAGCUGGAAGUGGGAGACUGGAUUGUAUUUGAAAACAUGGGUGCCUAUACACUACCUGUGGCAUCUCCAUUCAAUGGAUUCCCAGUGCCCAAGGUGCACACUGUGAUUGACGAUCACAAUUGGUUGCUGCUGAAAGACCUGCACCCAAUGACAGAAGAGCAUUUCGUGAUCGGCAGCACACCAGCAAAUCUCCACCUGGGGCUAGACAUAGAUGGGCGUGGCAACAUAGAUGAAUGGGAGGAAGUUGCCAUGCCUCUUGCAGCUCCUGAUGUGGUUGCAAAUAAUCCUGUUCCACCUGCAUCUGCAGGACCAGCAUUUUUAUAUGAGUUAGUUGAGGUUGGACCUGUCAGUUAGGUCUUUCAAGGUGGCAUCUGUGAGAUUAAGCAAUGACAUUUGAAAUGUGCUGGUACUUUAUUCUCUUCAAUAGCAAAUCUUUUUGACAUUUAUAUAUACAGCCAUUCAUUCCAUCAUCUCCUGUGGCUGUUUUAUUUCAAGAAAGACUGAAUGUGUGCAUACCAAAAAUAUUGACUAGUUGCUAUAUGUAGCAGUGAUGACAGUCUCAAAACUAUUCAGAGCACAUUGUUAAUAGAUAUCUGUAUAGUAUUAUUAUCGUGACAUUCUAUUGUUCCAUGACAGCAUUCCACAGGUGACAGAGACCAAAUCUGGGAAGUAUCCCAUGGUGUUAAAUAUUGUAGGGGGGACAAUUUCAAUGUUAUGGACAUCUACCUCAAAACGGAGAUCCAACAACCUAGAGAGGUGACACUUCAUAUGACAGGGUUAUAGUGCUGUAUCCUGAUACCUAAGAUUUUGAGGAAAAUAUUAUUUGAAUCUCAAAAUAUUAACUUAUGGAAGGGUCUGCUUGGGUGUUCAGGUAUAUGGUUACAUUCCACAACUCAACAAGAAUACAACACAGCCAUUUACAGUAAUCUAUUCAUUCAAAAUGUUACUUCUGUCAAGUCUAUAGGUGUUCUUGAAACCAGCACAAGUCAGAAGUCAUUUGCUGAUGCACAUGAUGUGGUGUCUCAAAUGUUGAUUUGCUACAAUAGGAAAAUUUACGAUAGUUUUAAUUUUUUCGAAGUCUGUAUCUAAUCAUAAGCUCGGAAGUGUGGAAAAAGUGUAAUAGCCCUACAUUUCAAACUGUUUGAAUUGUCAGUCCAUUUCAAAAUUGUUAAUAUGAAAAAGGUAUAGGUUUCAGAUACAUUUCAAUAGCACAUUGUGAAAACAAUUUCUUAAACACAAAUUCAUUGCUAUCCUUUACCAAUACAAAUCUUUAUUAGUAUAUUGUAUUGAUGCAUUUAUUUUUAACUAUUUGAACGUAUUUCACCUUUUUUAUGUUAAAUUGACUGGUUCUGUAUAAUUUUUAUAUUAUUUUAGUAAGAAACUUCUUUAGAAACUCUUUAUAGGAUCGAAGCUUGGAUAUAAUUGGGUGACAGACGUAGCGAAUUAAAACUCAUUUCUUAUGUACUGUUAAGUUACUAAUUUUAAACAACCUGUAACUUUUAUCAUUAACUAUCUGAAAUGUUAGGUCAUUUCAAGUUAUGUAAGCAAAUGCAUUUGUCUCCAGCGAUGUUUGGGAGGAUGCAAGCCAAACUGUGGUGGAAAGUCAUUUGAUUAUCAGAAAGAUGUAAUAGGUUUGAAUAAGCGAAGAGGCAGCUUUUUCGCAUGGAAACAUGAUAAUACUAAUGUAUUGCCUUGAGCAAUAAAUUUGCUUUAUUUAAUCUGA